GGCCCAGGUGCGGCUGCCCGGCGGCUGCGGCGCGGCGGAAAGCGAUGAGGUGCCGCGGCCUCUGCACGUUCGACGCUGCGCGGGGGCCCCGGCGCCUGAUGCGCGUGGGCCUCGCGCUGAUCCUGGUGGGCCACGUGAACCUGCUGCUGGGGGCCGUGCUGCACGGCACCGUUCUGCGGCACGUGGCCAAUCCCCGAGGCGCCGUCACACCGGAGUACACCACAGCCAAUGUCAUCUCAGUCGGCUCGGGGCUGCUGAGCGUUUCCUUGGGACUUGUGGCCCUCUUGGCAUCCAGGAACCUUCUUCGCCCACCACUGCACUGGGCCCUGCUGGCACUAGCUCUAGUGAACCUGCUCUUGUCCGCUGCCUGCUCUCUGGGCCUCCUCCUUGCUGUGUCGCUCACUGUGGCCAAUGGUGGUCGCCGUCUUAUCGCUGACUGCCAUCCAGGACUGCUGGAUCCUUUGAUACCACUGGACCAGGGGCCUGGACACACUGACUGCCCCUUUGACCCCACAAGAAUCUAUGAAACAGCCUUGGCUCUUUGGAUCCCUUCUUUGCUUAUGUCUGCAGGGGAGGCUGCUCUAUCUGGUUACUGCUGUGUGGCUGCACUCACCCUACGUGGAGUGGGGCCCUGCAGGAAGGAAGAGCUUCAGGAGCAGCUAGAAGAACUGACAGAGCUUGAACCUCCUACAUGUAAAAAGCAGGAAAAUGAACAGCUACUGGAUCAAAAUCUAGGAAUCCAGGCACCACAGAGAAGUUGGGUUUAAGCCAGCUCUACCAGUUACUGAAAGGAAAAGCUGGUGCUGGGGAGGCCUCCACACCACUGACUGAUGAAUUUCAGCACGUCUUGGCACACUGGACUGUGGGAAGUCUGUGAGCAAAUGGAAGGAACAGGAGAAGAACUCAUUAGUUCUGGGAAAACAUUCAUGAUACAAAGAAAAUCAGCUCCAUGGCAGUGUCACAGGGAGCAAGGUUCAGGGUCUGCAAUGCCUUCUUGAUAAUCCCACCCACACUUCUAGUGGUCUUUUUUCAGUGCUGCUCUCUUUGCCCUCAUCCUUCAAGUUCCCCUC